AUGAAGUUAACUCUCAAGUUAACCCCUUAUAAUUUUGCAUAUUUAGUUUAUCCAGUAGUAUAUGUUUGUUCAAUUCCUUUGACUUUGCUACUUAAAAGAUACAAUGGCACAAUUGCACACACGUUCCCAGUUAAUUUUAUUGAACUGUAUAUUGUUAGUAAUCAUGGAUAUAUGUGGUUCACCGGAUUAUACUGGAUUUUAGCAAUAACAUUAGGAUAUUUACCAACUAAGGACACUGUCAUUCUCACAAGAUACACAAAGAUUUAUCUCAUUAACACACUCUGGAUAUUGAUCCUUUUGGAAUGGUUUUUUGGAUCUCCAAUUUUUGAAAGAAUCAGUGUGUUUGCUGGAGCAACAUGUUCUGCCCCGGGUAUAUUUAGGGAAUACGAGUGUAAAGACAAUGGUGGUGAAUGGAAUGAUCCAUUUGAUAGUUCAAGUCAUUAUACAUUUUUAAUUUCGAGUAGUUUAUUAGUAUGGUAUUUGAUUGUCACUCAUGUUUCUUGGGUUACAGAUUAUUUAUCUAGUCACGUUCCUGAUUUAGAAGUCGGGAUCUCAUAUUCCCCAGUUGAAGAAACUCAGUCUAAAGUCUCCAGUGCGUAUAAAACUGUCAGAACUAUUGUUGAAAUUGUCGCUGUGGUGUUGUUGGGUAUUUGGUUCAUUCUGUAUCUUACGACGUCGAUAUUUUUCCAUACAAUACCAGAAAAGUUGGUGGGAUUGAUCUGUGGGUUAGUUGUUCCUACAUUAAUAGAAUAUAUUUAA